CACUUUUUUUCUUCAUUCUUUUCGGCUUGCUGGUUCGGGGUUCCUGCAGUCUGUUACUGUUAGAUUUUGACAUACUCCAGUUGAGUAGUCUUUUCUAUUUUUAUUUUUCGUUUCUUAAAGAAGCUUAAGUGUGUUCAUUCUCUUCACAUCGUUCUUUUCCGGCCGGUUAGUUCGAAUAUCCGAUACCACAUCCAUCCAUUCAUCAUGAAGGUCACGAACACCGCCGCCACCAUGGCGGCGUACAUCCUCUGCUGCCAAGACUUGGCAUCGGCUGGACCCGUGCAACGACCACAGAAGCGCGGAGCGCUAGACGAGCUUUUCCAGAUCACGACGCUUGGCGGUAUGACGUUUAAGAUUCAUCAAGUCCCGAAUAAAAAAUACUACGGCCAGCGGAAAGGUAGAGGUUCAAUGGCUAUCGCGAGAGCGUACUCGAAGUUUGGCGCUACGGUGUCGGAUGAUUUGCUUGCGCAAAUAGAGGAGAUUUUGAAGGAAUUGGGUCUGUUGGGGAAUAAUGGCGCUGGGAAUAGUACGACUAAUGAUCCCCAAGGCGAGGUGGCGGCGAACCCGCAGAUGUUCGAUUCGGAAUACCUCUGCCCAGUUCAAAUUGGUACCCCGCCGCAGACGUUGAACUUGGAUUUCGAUACUGGUUCAUCUGACCUAUGGGUUUUCAGUUCUGAGACUCCGGCGAACCAGGUUAUGGGUCAGGAUGCUUUUGACAUUGGACAGAGCUCAACAGCUCAGCUACAAACAGGAGAAUUAUGGUCUAUCAGUUACGGCGACGGCAGUAGUUCUAGUGGUAAUGUAUACUUGGACACGGUAUCAGUCGGCGGAGUCACAGUAGAACAACAGGCAGUCGAGUCUGCCAAAAACGUCUCGGUUUCGUUUACGCAACGACCAGACACAGAUGGACUGCUAGGAUUGGCUUUCGGGUCUAUUAACACGGUCCGCCCGACGCAGCAGAAGACGUUCUUCGAAAACGCCAUACCGGAUCUCGCUACACCCCUGUUUACAGCUAACCUGAAGAAAGAGGAACCGGGCAAUUACAACUUCGGCUUCAUCGACCAGACCGAGUACACCGGCGACAUCACCUUCGUGCCCAUCAACUCUACAAACGGAUUCUGGCAAUUCACCUCGCAAGGGUACUCCAUUGCCGGCGGAGCCGCCGUCUCCGCGCCUCACCAAGCGAUCGCAGACACCGGCACCACCCUCAUGCUCGUCCCGCAAGCUAUCGCCGAUGCGUACUAUGCGCAAGUCCAAGGCGCCGUCAACGAUGUGCGAAAUGCGGGUGGAUAUAUCUUCCCUUGCAGCGCGACGUUACCCGAUUACACGGCUAUCAUUGGAGACCACCAGGGUGUGAUCCCGGGUGAUUUCAUUAAAUUCGCUCCUGUAGAUGGAGACACGUUUGAAGAUGCGACUACAUGCUUCGGGGGAAUCCAAGCGUCGCCGCAGAACUUUGGACUGGCGAUCUAUGGAGAUAUCUUUUUAAAGGCGCAGUUUGUAGUAUUCCAUGGUGGGAACCAGCAAUUGGGAUUUGCUAAUAAACCCCUAUGAAGAUACUCGGGGUAUGAGAUGGUUGGGAAUUUUGUUUAUUGCAUGAUUUGAUUUGGGAUUUAGACCUGCCUUUGAGAAGUAGAAGUUAGAGGUCUUGUAUAUGAAUUUGUUUUGCGAAUUGAAGCUAUAAUAGUAGCGCGUGCUAUUAUUAGAAUUAAGGGUCGAGAUGUUACUGAUUUGAAUGUCGGUAGGGCUGUAUUUAAUAAUCAAGCUUGCUAUUCGGACUCGCC